AUGUCGACCACGCUCGAUCCGCUGGCGCGCGGGGCGACGCUGCGCGAGAUGGCCGCAGAGGCAGCAGCAGCAGUCGGCGCGCGCGGACCCACCGCUCGCAGCGCGGAGCAGGAGCCGGCCAGCAGCAAGCAAGGCAGCAGCAGCGAGAGGCUGGCGUACUGCUUCUUCCGGCUGCCGCUGUCGUCGCUCGACUUCACGUUUCGGCCGGCGAGGCAGGUCAUCUGGGUCGACACGCUCGGCCAGACCCUCUCCUCGCAGGCGUCGCUCAUCUCCGCGGUGAAGUCGCUCGACUUGCUCCUCGGCUUCACUGUCGGCAAGGCGUCCGACAACACGCGCACCCGCUGGGGACGGCGCAAGCCCUUCAUCGCCGUCGCCUUCCCGCUGGCGUUGCUCGCCUUCUUUCUCUUCGUGAACGCGCCCUCGGUCGGGCUCGGCCUCGCGCGCGCAAAGCCUCGCCCGCCGCCGUGCACGCACCUGGUGCUAAACACGUCGUCGCCAGCCGGCUGCCCGGCGCUGAAGGACUGCCUCGAGCGCGCGAUGCAGCAGGGAGAGAUCGACCGAUUCGACUUUACCUCGCCGUCGCGCGUGGCCUCGCUGCAGAGCGGGGGCUGGCAGCUCUCCUUUUGGUUCGCGCUGCUCUACGCCACGUACCUCGCCUGCGCCUACACCUGCUCGCAGAUCCCCUACGACGCGCUCAAAACAGAAACCCGGCCCGGCGCCUACACCUGCUCGCAGAUCCCCUACGACGCGCUCAAAACAGAAACCCGGCCCGGUGUCUUUGCCUAG